AUGACUGUACCAGAAUCUCACGUUGGCUCGAGUUAUGAGUUAGAUCUUAUGAGCAACAAAAAUUCGCCGGAAGAAGGUGUGUUAGAAGAUCAGGACGAAGAAGAUCCGUUUGCGGCUAGCGAUGAAGAUGACGAAGAGUAUGAUCCGAAUAUAGAAGAUGACAAUAAUUCUGACACGUCCGAAGACACUGAAGAACUGAGGUAUUCUGAUUUUUUUGAUUUCAAAGUUAUUUCCCAAGCUGUUUUAAAAAACAGAACAGUUAACACUGAAUGGUCAAAAGUGAAGUGGCUACAAGUAAAAUGCUUUCGUAUUGAAAAGGAUAACCCAGGUGUAGUCAAAUACAAAUACAACCAUUCAGAUGAUUAUCUUUGCAUAAAUAUCAGCGGGCGAGGUAGACCUUCCACAUCAGCAUUCGAGCUUAACAAGACUUAUUCAGCAAUGCUGCCUAUUUCAAUCCAAAAAUACAACGACUUUAAGAAGCUGUGUACUAACGAAGCUAUACCUUCAGAAUUUCAUCAAUGGUAUUUAUUAUUGCUAACGUCAACAACCGUUAAAAAUCGAAAUGCUGAACCAAGUGUAGACAGCGAAAGCGAGGAAGACUAA